GAACCCUGGUGGCUGUAAAAAAACAGUGAAAGAAAUCGAAGAGGAAAAGUUAGCAAAAUAUACGUGGGAGUUCUUUAUUACAAACACAAAGAAAGGGAACUGGAAACCACGGUACAGGCCACUUAGCAGGAAGAUAAGCAGGACACCUACUCCAGGCUUCUCUCAGCUUAGCAGUCAGUUGUCUCCCCAUGGUCAAACCUCUCGUGUCAGCAUAACUUCCACUGUACUUAGCUCUGAAGAUGACAUCAAGAGUAAUGUAGCUUCACCUGGUGUUAUGAGUGAGUCAGCGCAAACUAAAGAACAACAGCCUCUUUUCCCCUCCCUACAGAAAGGCAUCCAGAAAAAACAUGGAAAGGUGUCAAAAGAUGUCCAUAAACAAGAAGAUAAGGUGCAGCCUGUACUGCAGAGUUUAUUGGCUCAGAAGAAAUACUGAGUAAACAUUAAGGACCAAGAGAGUACAAUAUCAAAGAAGCAGAGGCUCAAAAUGCAAGGUGGCAGCUGCUGUAUUGGCUCUUUCAUUGAAACCAAAUCUAACUUGUGUGCCGAUAUGAGGCGAAAGUUCACAGCGAUAAAUGAAGAAGCAGCUAGGUGUUUACAUGAUACCCUAGAGAGCCUUGAGAGGAGUCAGGAAGAACGAUGUCGUAAAAAAUACGAGGCUUUGAAACAACUGAAGCAUUUUAGAAGCGACAUGAAAAUAAUAAGACGGCUGGGCAUGAGCACUGAAAUGAAACGUAAUGAAGAUGGACAAAACUGGUUUCCUGUAUUGCUUGCCAGACUCCCAGAGUCUGUGAAGAGUGAUUGUUAUGUAAAGAAAAUCUUGAAGAAACUGGAAAAAUAUGGCAAGUCUCCUGACUUCAAAAUUCACCCAGAGACCUUUCUUAAGGUUCUGGCUGAUCUACAGGUGGGGGAGCUGUGUUGUCCAGAAAUUGCUGCAGCUGUGGAGUUUGUACGUGAAAGUAUUGUGCAGAUGCCAGAAGAGGAUUUCAGCGAGUGGUUUCAGAAAAGAGUAGCCUACCUCAGCACACAGCCCUCCACUUUUUAA